AUGGCUAAAAAAAGUUUAACAUUUAAUGAGCAGAUGAAGGGUUUCCCCUGGUAUCAAUUGUUUUUCUUAUCCAUGAUUAGAAUAGUCGAGCCAAUGUCAUUUACAUCUUUAUUCCCAUAUGUAUAUUAUAUGGUCAAAGACUUCCAUGUUUCUCCUGACAAUGCACAAGUUUCAAAGUAUUCAGGUUAUUUGGCAUCAUGUUUUGCUUUAUGUCAAGUUCUUACAGCAUAUAAUUGGAGUAAAGUAUCUCAACAAUAUGGUAGAAAACCAACACUUUUGCUUGGUCUUUUUGGGACAGGUAUUUCACUUUUGGUAUUAGGUUUUGCUAAAUAUUAUUACCAAACAUUAUUAGCAAGAGGUAUGAUGGGUUUAUUAAAUGGUAAUGUUUCAAUUAUAAGGACCGUAAUAGGUGAAUUGGCUACAGAGAGGAGGUAUCAAGGUGUGGCAUUUAGUAUGCUUCCUUUACUAUUUGAAACAGGUGCUGUUAUUGGGCCUAUGGUUGGUGGGUAUUUGGUCUUUAGAGAAGAAAAUAACACAUACCCACCAAAUUGGUUUCCAGCAAGUGUGAAACGAUUAGUUAAGAUAUAUCCGUACUCUUUACCGAAUAUUGCGAUAUUUGCUUACAUCUUAAUCAGCAUUUUAGUUAAUUUUUUAUUUUUGGAAGAAACCCAUCCAGAUUACAAGAAUAGAAAAGAUUAUGGACUUAUAAUAGGAGAUUUUAUUAAAAAACAUAUAUUUUCAAUUAAAGUAAAACAAAGAGCUUGGAAUACCAACUAUGCAGGGAACCAUUCCAAUGUUGAUCCGGAACAGGAUCAUAUCAUAAAUGAGACAACCCCGCUGGUGCAUUCAAGCACUACUCAAGAGAUCUCUUCCCCAUAUCAUCGAAAUAACAUGACUGAAAAUAUUGAUCACGAUGAUAUUGAUGAAUCUGAAAACACUAGUGAAGCAGAAAGUAUACAAUCUUUACCACUGUUGACUAGAAGAGAAUCAGUGGCCCUUAUUAGAACGUAUUCUAUUGUUGAAAACACUGACAUAACCCCAACUGAUACCAACGUGGCAUUCGAUGGUUGUGCAGAAAAUAGUGCGAUACAUCAUGUUUUGCAUACUUCUGUAUUUUACCCAAUUUCAGUAAGUUUCAUUAUGGCUUUGCAUACUAUAGUUUUUAAUGAAUUCUUACCAAUAUUCUUGGCUUAUGAAUUGGAGAAAGAUCCAAGCGAUUCAACACAGUUAGUUUCAAAAUUUCCUUGGAAGAUUUCAGGUGGUAUAGGAUAUUCAUCUGAGCAGACAGGUACUUUACUCUCAACCACUGGUAUUUUUGGUGUAUUGGUUGUGAUUUUUAUUUUCCCAACAAUUGACAGAAAAUAUGAUUGUUUGACUAUAUUUAGGACGUUAGUCAAAAUAUACCCAGUGCUUUACCUAAUUAUACCAUAUGUUGUGUUCUUGCAAAAAGACUGGAUCCCAAGAUGGGCCACUGUAUGUUAUUUGUAUUUUAUCACUGGUUCUAAAACGUUGUGUAGUUCUUUGACAAAUCCUCAGAUUACAUUAUUAAUACACAAUAGUAGUCCGUUGAGCUGUCGUGCCGUUAUUAAUGGUGCGACUAUUAGCAUCUCGUCAUCGGCUAGAUUUGUUGGUCCAUUGAUUUGGGGUUAUCUAAUGUCCUGGACGCAAGAGUACGAAAUUGCAUGGUUAGGAUGGUGGUCAUUAGGUAUCAUUAGUGCCAUUGCCUGGUUACAAAGUUACAAAAUUGAUCCAAUUGAUGAUGAGGACGAAGAAGAAGAAGAUAAUGAGAACACUGGAUCAAUGCGUAGAAGAACUUUGUUGGAACGCAGUUCCAGUUUGAGAAGUUUACGUAACAAAUCUAAAGUCUCACUUCAUGGAGGAUAG